GCAUGAUGGAAUGGAUAGAGCCUCCAAAACGGGAACGCAAAGCUAAUUAUGCAGUGGAUGCUUAUUUUAGAGAAGCCCUGCGUGUUAGUGAACCAAAAAUUCCCAAGGCUCCACGACCUCCCAAACAACCAAAUAUUCAGGAUUUCCAAUUUUUUCCACCACGAUUAUUUGAACUUCUGGAAAAAGAAAUUCUGUAUUAUCGUAAAACCAUAGGAUAUAAGGUUCCGAGGAAUCCUGACCUCCCAAAUGCAGCUCAGGUGCAAAAAGAAGAGCAAAAGAAGAUUGACGAAUCUAUGCCUCUGAAUCCUGAAGAAACUGAAGAGAAAGAAAAACUUCUAACACAGGGUUUUACAAACUGGAACAAAAGAGAUUUUAACCAGUUUAUUAAAGCUAAUGAGAAAUAUGGACGUGAUGAUAUAGACAAUAUUGCCCGCGAGGUUGAGGGCAAGUCACCUGAAGAGGUCAUUGAGUAUUCAGCUGUUUUCUGGGAACGUUGCAAUGAACUGCAGGACAUUGAGAGGAUUAUGGCUCAAAUUGAACGAGGAGAAGCGAGAAUUCAGCGGAGGAUCAGUAUCAAGAAAGCGCUUGAUGCCAAAAUUGCAAGGUAUAAAGCCCCUUUUCAUCAGCUGCGUAUUCAGUAUGGAACAAACAAAGGCAAAAAUUACACAGAAGAGGAAGACAGAUUUUUGAUAUGCAUGUUACACAAGAUGGGCUUUGACAAAGAAAAUGUGUACGAGGAACUAAGGCAGUGUGUGCGCAAUGCACCUCAGUUCAGAUUUGACUGGUUUAUCAAAUCUAGAACUGCAAUGGAAUUUCAGAGACGCUGCAAUACGCUCAUAUCAUUAAUUGAAAAAGAAAACAUGGAAAUUGAGGAAAAGGAAAGAGCUGAGAAGAAGAAGAGAGGAGCGAAAGUUCCAGCAUCGCAGAAGAGAAAAGCAGAUUUGGCCACUGAGAGCUCUGGAAAAAAAGAUGCUAAGAAAGUGAAGUCAUGAACCUGAAAACUGAAUGCUAGAUAUAAAUACUGCCACUUCUCUCCAUCUACCAGUAUUAAUUGCCAACUGCUUUGUAUUCAUGGUACUCUCCCCCAAGUCCCAAGGUUUAAUUUUGCAAGUUUUGUAUAUUAUAAAAUGGCUUUCUUUACCUAAAAUGUGUAGCUUUGUAUUUUAUGCAUUCCAGUAUUUUUGUGUACUGUAUUUUGUGAAUUUCAUGUCUUCAGCAAAAUUCACUCAGUCCAUGUUUUUUUUUUGAAGCUUGUGCUGAGGUUUUAGCUUUUGUAUGUUUUAUAUGCUGCUGCUUUGAAAGAAAAUCUAGAUUCUCUAGCUGUAUUAUUGUUGUUUCAUACUUUAAAUUUAUAUGGCUGUGGGAAAAUAAAUUGGAUUAAAAUUAUUUGAAGAGAA